AUGAGUGGAUUUCCCUUUUUGUGGCAGGAAGAGCUCACCAAGGAACUUGAUCUGCAGAUAAAGGGUGCUAAGAAGCCCCCUGUUUUCAUCAAACAGUUGCAGGGACAACCCCGGCAAAAAGGCAACGAACGAUUACCUUCAAUUCUUCUGUUUCUGAGAUUUAUGGCAUCUUUUGCCUUUGCUGGAUUGAAUUUUAGUUCUAUUUUAAGCUUGAGCCUUCCCCAAUUGCUUAGUUCCAGUAUUUGGAACUCUAAGCUUGAGCCUUCCCCAAUUGCUUUCUGGAUUAUUGAUGGGAUUAGUUUUGAAGCUGAAAUUUGUAGUAUAGGUGCAUUGUUGAUGAUCGAAGUGGAUGGAUUUCAAGCAUACUUCGGUCAUAAUGGUGUGCUGUAUGCACAUCUCAAAUACUUGGCUGGGGAAAUCUCUCAAGAGUAUGCAACAGUAGGUUGGAAGUUCUAUCCAUUUUGGAUACUAUCAGUGAUUGACUCGGUUGACGGAAUUUUUGAGGUCAAUUUGGAUAGACCGGGAACAAAAAAUGCUAUUGGGAAGGAAUAUACAUUUGAGACUGUAGAUAAAGACCGUUCGGGCAAGGAUUUGAUGAUCUGCAGUUCAAUUCCCAGAGUUUUCUGUGCUUGUGCUGAUCCUAAGGUGCUUCUAGAGUUGGAAUUGGGAAUUUUGAAGAGAUUCUUGUUAUGA